GGCAGGCAGUUGCGGCAUUGAAAUUUACCAAUUUUCCCCUUUAAAGACACUUAAUACUCAUCUCCAAUUCCCUCUCAACUUUAUUUCACACCUUCUCUUAGAAGAUUAAAAAAAAGUUACAAAAUCAAAGAAAGAAAGAUUGAUGAGUUCUCGUCGUCGUCCCCAGACCUACCAGAUCGCGAUGUAUCCAUGGCUAGCCUUUGGUCAUCAAACCGCUUUCCUCCGCCUUGCCAAUAAACUAGCCACAAAAGGUCAUAGAAUCUGGUUUUUCAUCCCCAAAAGUUCCCACUUAGUGCUUCAGCUCUACAACCACCAUCCGGACAACAUUUUCUUCCUCGCCGUCUCCGUCCCGCACGUCGAAGGGCUCCCUCCCGGGGCGGAGACCACCGCGGACGUCCCCUUCUCCUCUUCCCAUCUCAUCAUGGAGGCAAUGGACAUGACCCUGGAGAAGGUGGAGGAGGAGCUCCGGAAUCGCCACGUCGAUGUCAUCUUCUUUGAUUUCGCAUGUUGGGUACCCAGAAUGGCGCGUAGAAUCGGAAAGCGGUCCGUGUUCUACAGCACCAUUAGCCCCAUGAUGCACGGGUACGCUCUUUCCCCGGAACGCAGAGUUCCGGGGAAAGAGUUGACGGAAGCCGACAUGAUGAAACCUCCUGUCGGCUUCCCAGAGCAAUCCAUCAGGCUGCGUGCCCACGAGGCACACGGCUUCACGGCCAGGACCACCAUGAAGUUUGGCGGGGACAUCACUUUCUUCGAUCGGAUUUUUAAGGGCGUGAGCGAGUGUGAUGCUCUGGCAUAUAGUACGUGUCGUGAGUUGGAGGGGCCGUUCUGCGACUACAUUGAAUCCCAGUUUCAAAAACCCAUUCUCCUGGCUGGUCCAGCCCUACCGGUCCCACCCAUCUCCAUCCUGGAGGAAAGGUGGUCCGGCUGGCUGGACAAAUUUCAAAAAGGCUCUGUCAUAUAUUGCGCAUUCGGGAGCGAAUGCAUCCUCGAGAAGGACCAAUUCCAAGAGCUCUUAUGGGGCCUCGAGCUAACAGGAAUGCCAUUCUUCGCGGCGCUCAAAACACCAUCUGGAGCCGACUCCAUUGAGUCGGCAAUUCCAGAGGGGUUGAUAGAGAGGCUUCAAGGGAGAGGCAUAGUGCACGGGCGAUGGGUCGAGCAGCAACUCUUUCUCCAGCAUCCGUCGGUGGGUUGUUUCAUAACCCACUGCGGAUGGGCUUCUCUCACGGAAGCGCUCGUAAACGAGUGCCAAAUCGUGUUGCUCCCGCACGUGGGAGACCAAGUAAUCAACGCCAGAAUCAUGAGCGUGUGCAUGAAAGUUGGGGUAGAGGUUGAGAAAGGGGAAGAAGAUGGGUUGUUUUCAAGAGAGAGUGUGUGCAAGGCAGUUAGGGCAAUGAUGGAUGAGAAGAGUGAGAUAGGGAGAGAUGCUAGGGCUAACCAUGACAAGUUUAGAGAGUUUUUAAAGAAUAAGGAUCUUGAGUCCAAGUACAUUGAUAGUUUCAAUGAUAAACUGCAUUGUCUCUUUGCUGGAUGAAUGGAAUCAUUCUGAAGAUUCUCAACUCUAAAGUCUAGUUAAGACUUUAGAAGAAUAGAGCUUAAUUUUCUCUAAAUGGUGUAUGUAUUUCCAAAUUUGUCCAUGUGAUCAUGCCAAAGAUGUGAUCAUUGUAUUCACUAGUUAACUUUGGAAAAAGGAAUCUUCACGUUUUCCGGGUGAUCAAAUGAAAGUUAAUUAUUUGCGUUUCACUUUUAUUAGCAAUGGGAAACUUAUUGUAAACUUUCAACAAUAUGAUUUUAUAUCGCGCUUCACACGAAAUCGUAUACUCUUUGAUAAUUUAUUUAAAAAGAUGAAGAUUGAAAAUAAAGACUCCGGCGUAAACAAAUUAAUUAUGUGCUACUUUCAUUUUGAAGCAUUUGUUUUGUAAUCAAUAUUGAUAAAUUUU